AUGCUCAUCAAACACUUAUUCACAGAAGACGGCACAGUGAUGACCAUCAAGGAAGUAAUCCCUGGAGCUCAGGAUGUGGAGGAAGAUGAGAAUGAACAGGAGGAGGAGGAGGAAGAGGAGGAUGACACAGUGUCAGUUCUUGUCGAGCCCUGCCCACGGUCCAGCGCCAUGGCAACAGUGCGUCAGGGCAAACUCUUCCUGUACGGCGGGAUGUUUGAGGUGGGCAACCGGCAGUUCACCCUUAACGACUUGUACUGUCUGGAUCUUCACAAGAUGGACCAUUGGGAUGUGUUGGUUGAGAUGGACCCAAAGACCCAGGAAUGGCUGGAGGAGUCUGCCUCAGAGGAGGACGAUGAUGAUGAUGAAGAAGAGGAGGUGGAAGGAGGAGCAGAGGGAGGGGAAGAGGAGUCUGAUGAGGAAGAUGACAAUGAGCACCCUGCAGUGAAGGACGAGGAGACGUUGAGCGAGUACCAGGCCCGCACUGAGCAAUACUGGAUAGGACUUGCUCGCACCAACAUGGGCCCUGAUGCCAAGGAUAAAAAAGUUGCCAAGGUCGCUUUAGCGAUGGCUAAAGUCUUCUAUGAAGACCACUUGGAGGACGCUUGAGUGUGCCUUGUAAAAUAUUUGUAUGUUUUAUACAAAAGAAUGUAACUGUUGGAUAUUAAUCACAAUCAAUUUGACCACAGAUUUUUGGUACCUGUUGUCUAUACAUUAUUAUUUCUGUUAAAGGAACAAAAGCCUCAGCUCCACAUUGCAAUUGGAGUUUGGAUUACUUUUUAGCGCUUUAGGUUUUGAUCACAAUCACAGGAUUGCUUGCUGAAAGCCCGAAUACUGUCUGGUGUGAAUUACUGAUGUGUUGAAAAAAAUGCCAGCUAGCUAACAGGCGAAAAUACCUCACAAGAAUAUAAUACACAACAACUUUCCAGCCCAGAACCUGGUGUUUUUUCUCUCUCUCUUUUUCUAUAUGCACUGGUUCACCAACCAACUCCCAACUAGUACUGUACCAAUGUUGUUGCUGUUUUUGGAUUGUCUUCACGUCCUGUCUGUUCUCAACCAGAUUCAAGCAGCCGUCUCUCCUCUUCUCUUUUUUCCCUUAGUCUGUCCCCUUUACAAAUGUAUACAGCGGGGUGGUAUUCCAAAUGAAUACAAUAAAAUACAACACAAUCCCAACAUGA